GGAGAACGCGUCGGAGGGGAACCGGGCGACGGUGGCCGGGAAGGGUCCAACCUCUGGGCCCGCACUGCGCCGCCCGGGAGGAGUGCGCCUGCGCAUUGUGCUGGUCUCCAUGGCGGGGCCUCGGAGCCAAGACGAGAGAACAUGCUACCUUGAACACACAAACAAAGCUGGCACUGCUAUAAUUUAGUUCCCCAAAGGAAGACCAUCAAUAAACAUGAAAGGACGUUUCUGAGGCUAAUAGAAUGUAGGAACCUGGACUUGAAAUGUGAGCCACUGCUUGGAGGUAUGGUGAGACCACCUGAUGAAGAAUCGGUUGCCGCAGAAAAGAGAGCCUGUUAUUCACAGCUCCUGAAAGGAGUGGGGCAUGCUGUACCACGAAGUGCCACACGGCACAGCACCAAGCAUCUAACCUGUAUGGACUCUGGGGAUCCUUCCUUUGGACAAAAUGAUUCCCCUAGCAUCUUGCCCAUUACUGCUCCUGAAAGAGAUGAUUCACUCACAGCACAGGGUAUGCCAGAGACAAUGACUGAUGCACAGGCCCUUCAUGCAGAACAAUUUCAUCUUUUGGAACAAAAUGGGCAGCCUAUUCAGUAUGACCCUCAGUCACUGAGAGAAUCUAAUGCACAAAUGACAGGAAUGGCGCAAGUGAUUAUACCUCAGGAGCCUCUUGUGGAUGUGACUAGUCCUCAAGAUGUCUCUGAAGAGAAAUCUCCUGGCAGAAGCUUACCAGCUGUAAGAGAAGAUGCUCUAGAAGACAGCACCAGUAAUUACAUUCUUCAUCCACAAGCAUCCCGUGUGGUACCCAAAAAGUCAGGGACCAGAAUGCUCGAAGAACCUUUGCUGGCUCCUCUUCAGCCACGUUCUUCUAACACACCUCUAUGGGCCUGUCGUCUUAGGAGUUGUGAGAAAAUCGGAGAUUCCUACCGUGGCUACUGUGUCAGUGAGACUGAAUUAGAAAGCAUCCUGACUUCUCACAAGCAGCAAACACAGAGCGUCUGGGGCACCCGCCAGUCUCCAAGCCCAGCCAAGCCUGCCACGCGCUUGAUGUGGAAGUCCCAGUACGUCCCAUAUGACGGAAUCCCAUUUGUCAAUGCAGGUAGUCGAGCUGUGGUAAUGGAGUGUCAGUAUGGACCAAGGAGAAAAGGUUUCCAGUUAAAAAAAAUCAGUGAGCAAGAAAGUAGGUCUUGUCAUCUCUACAAAGCUACUUGUCCAGCCAGAAUUUACAUUAAAAAGGUACAGAAGUUUCCUGAAUAUAGAGUACCUAUAGACCCCCAAAUUGACAGGAAGAUAAUCAGGAUGGAACAGGAGAAAGCCUUUACUCUGCUGAAGAAGAACUUGCUGGAUGCCGGCGGGGUCCUUCGAUGGUAUGUGCAGUUACCUACACAGCAAGCUCAUCAGUAUCAUGAAUUAGAGACUCCUGGUCUCCCUUUGUCACCGUCGCCUUUUCCUAUGUCUUCUCUUGAAGAAGAGGAAACUGUAAUCAGAGAUGAGAAUUGUGCGUUGCCCUCCCGUCUCCACCCACAAGUAGCGCAUAAGAUUCAGGAAUUAGUGUCACAGGGCGUAGGACAAGUGUAUGCAGUAAGGAAGCAGCUAAGAAAAUUUGUGGAAAGAGAACUGUUCAAACCGGAUGAGGUACCUGAAAGACAUAAUUUAUCUUUUUUUCCAACUGUGAAUGAUAUAAAAAAUCAUAUCCACGAGGUACAGAAAUCCUUGAGGACUGGAGAUGUGCUGUAUAACGCAGAGAUUAUUCCAGCAACGCUUCAAUGGACUACAGACAGUGGGAAUAUUCUCAGAGAGACUGUAACAGUUACAUUUGCAGAAGGAAAUUCACUAGGAGAACCAAUUUCAAGCAAAGUGGGGACAAGUCAGACACAGACUUCUUUGUCUCCAGAGACACUUCCCUUGCUCUCCCCACUUUCUUCAUUUCAGCCCCAAAUAUUUACACACUUACAGAAGAGUUUGAAGUUACAGCCAAGAUUCUCCUCUCCUGAUGGCUCACAGGCUCUGAUGUCAGUAAAUAGCCAUCCCUCCUCCAGUCCUUCAGGACUCAUGGAUGCAGUAGGGAGUGCUGUCGUGAAUGAUCAUCCUCUAUUGCUUGGUCAAAGUGAAAGCCUUCCAACAGAUAUGUGCCUAACCCAAAACAAUAGCUCUGCCUCUACCAUGGGGGAUCCCCCAGAAUCAGUUCAGAAUAUAGUUGCAAUGGAUCAUCUGGUAGAAGGAGAAGAUGCUCAGGAUGCGGGGAAUCUGGAAGGAAGUAUGAACAGGAUUCUGUUGGGAGAUGUGCAGACCGUUCCAAUACGAAUCAUAGACAGCCAUGCAGCUCUUAUUGAAGAAAGUCUAGAAGAUACUCUGUCUGUGAACCAAGUUAAACAAGAACCCAAAGAGCCAACACUGUCUAUAGCAGCAAAAACUUUUCUGGACUGUAAAAAAUUAUCUGCCACAUAAAUUUUUAAAAAGCUCUGGUCCCUUCUGAUGUCUUAGGUGAAGAUUGCCAGAGCAUGUCAGUUGCUGGACCGGAACUGGAUGAUGAGCAGCUUUGCCGUACACUCGAAUGCGUGUUGCCAGUUCCAUAUUUGUACCCCCUUAGGAAAUGUUUUACUUUACUUUGUAUUCAUAGAACUUUUUAUUAUCCAGUAAGGCAAGUGUUUCAAAAGAUCAUCUGAACUUAUCCUCAGUAAUUUAGUGUGAACACAAAAUAGUUACCUCGUCCCUGAUACCCAGUUUUGGUUCUUAAAAGAUAAAAAAAAAAAAAAAGCCAACAAUAAAAGCAGUGUGUGAGUGCAUGUGUAGGUGUGUCAGAAAAUUUAAAGUUGUGACAAGAAUUUUGAUUAGCUGAGAGAAUAUGUCUCAUCAUUUGGAAAGAUAGUUUUAUGUGGUAACACAGAACCGCCAGUCACAUCCCUAUAGAUUUACAUAGUGGAGCAGAGCACCAGUCACAUCCCUAUACAUUUACAUAGUGAAGCAGAGCACCAAUCACAUCUCUACAGAUUCAAAAAGCAGCACCGAGCUGACAGUCACAUUCCUAGACGCUGAAUUUGCAGUUUGCCUUGUAGGCUUUAUACUGUUUAACUGUAAAGGUCAUCUGUCAGAAAUCUCAGUGACUUGGUAAGUAUUGGAAGGUUUAAGUCGAAUUAAUCAAACUAAUACAAAUAAAUAUAUGCGACUUGUAUUUUAUAUGGGAUGGGAAGUAAAUCCCUAUUUAGGAACAGAAAAAUGAAAAUUCAGAGAAUGGAGGGCAACGUUAGAAUUCCCUGCUGUUUACAGAUUGUUUGGGGAAACUUUUGAUAGUAGCAGAUUUUUUUUUUUCAAAGAUUCAGUUUUGACUAAAAAGUAAUUUAAAUAGUAUUUACAUUUUUCUAUACCAGAGUUCUUACUGAAUUGAUAGGAUUAUGAUUUAUAUAUUUCAAGUUUAUCCAAUUUAAAAUUUAGUUCAUAUUUGAAACUUGAGAAUGUCUGAUCUAAUAUUUGCUCAUUAAAUAAGUAUAUUUAUACUUAGUAUAAAAUAACUAGUAAUCAGUAUAUUCACUAUAAGCUUUUUGUAUGAAAUAUUGACUAGCUAGGAAUUUGAAAUAUAACUGUCAUUAAAAUAACCUAGCUGAAUGUAGUGAUGCUCCCCUGUAAUCUCAGCACUCAGGAGGGAGAGGCAAGAGGAUGGUAAAUUUAAGUCUAGCCUGGGCUACAUAGCAAGAUCUUACCAAGAAACAAAGAGGGGAUCAUCUAGAAGAUUUUUUUUUUCUGGAGACUCAUUUGUGAAUGUAUUUAAAUUUUUAUUUUUUAAAACAAGAAUUUCAGCUGGGUGUGGUGGCACACACCUGUAAUCCCAGCAUUCCGGAGGCAGAAGCAGGCAAAUCUCUGAGUUUGGGGCUAGCCUGGUGUACAAAGUGAGUUCCAGGACAGCCAGGGCUGUUAAGCAGAGAAACCCUGUCUUGAAAAAAAAGAAAUUAAGGAAGGAAAGGAAGGAAGGAAGGAAGGAAGAAAAAUUAAAAAUAAGAAUUUCACAUGGAUAUUAAAGUUGAAUAUCCAAAGCAUGAACAAUUUAAUAUGAUAUUUGACCUUAAUACUUUGCAUGGAUAUUCAUCACUUUUGGCUUUCUUAAAUCUAAUCUCCCAUUAUUAUUUACUUUGUUUCAGGUACAUGACCUGUAUCUAAAUAUAAAGCACUGUUAUUCUUAAAGUAGGUGGAACUCUAAAAUUCAUUAGCUUUACACCUAUGUUCUGGACAACAUAAAAUUUAUUAUUUAUAUCUUAUUUAAUGUAAAGUUCAUAUCUAAAUAUAUGUAUGAUUGUUAGUAAGAAUUGCUUCUCUUUUUCUUAAGAACUGAAGAUAUCUGGUUCCAGUAUUUACAGAGGCAGGCUGCUAAAUCUGAGUAUAUUAUAAUAAGUUUAACAUAAUUCAUAGUCACUUUAAAACCCAAGUUCUCUUAGUCUCUGUGUACUUAAGAGAAAUGAGAUCAAAGCUGGGCUUACUGGCAUAUGCCUGUAAUUCCAGCACUCAGGGAGGCAGAGGCAGGCAGAUCUCUGUGAGUUUAAGGCUAGGAUGGUCUACAGAGCUAGUCCAGGACAGCCAAGACUACACGGAAAGAUGAAAGAGGGGGAGGAAGAGAUCAAAUUAAUAUGGAAUUUAGAACUCUGUUAUAGGUAAUGCUCUUUUGUUAUCCUUGUCAAAGAAACUGUUUCUUGAGGACUAAUAGGUUUUCACCUCCCAACAAUAAUUAAGGUUAAUUAUUAAAUAUUUCACUCAUUUAGCUGUAUUCUUUUGGAGACAUUCCUUUUUUAUGUUGACUUGCUAAGGAGAAAUGCUUAUUAAGAAAUAAACUAGCCAGCUUCCUCUGAGGAUGAAAAAUAGCAGAGGAUUCAGUAUUUAAUAAUUUAAUCAGGAACAAACAUAGUGAAAAUGUAUUUCUGUCACUUUAUUCUGAGGGCCAUAAUGGCAGACACCUUUAAUCCCAGUGGAUUGCUGAGUUCAAGGCCAGCCUGGUAUACAAAGAAAGUUCCAUAACAGCCGGUAAUGUAAUAAGACCCUGACCUGGGGGGAAAAAAGUAAAAGAAAAAGUAUACUUAUGUCAGUUCAUUCAAUAGGAAUGGGUCUUAUGUUAAUAUUUUUUAUCAUGAGUUCAGAAAGUUAUACAUAUUCUUUCCACAAACAAAAGUAAAACAGAAAACUGAACACUUAAAUUCGUAAUUGUAUAUUUUUGUUUUUUAGGAAGAAACUGGAACUGUUAAUAUUUUGUGUAUUUAAAUGAGUACUUAGUUUUUCAGAAAUGUUAUCUAAAUGGGUUUUAAAAUUCGUUUGUCUUCUAAACUCAUGUGUAGUGUGACAUGUCAGUGUUGGAAAGAUGCUUAGCAUCAAUUUUUGAAAAUUAUGUUUACAUAUUUAAGCGUUUAAUUCUUUCUAAAUGAACCUGUUCUUAAACACAAGUGUAUAGAGAUUUUAGUAUCUGUAUUUGGCGUUCUCUUCAGAACUCCACAGCAAAAUUUGACAAACCUUGUUUGGUUUGUGUAUUACAAGAUGUAGUGUCUGUCGUGGGAAGCUGCACAUUUAAAACAAGCAGUUAGGAUUUCAUAAUCACAGCUUGCCUUCUUUCUUAGUUGUUUCCAUGUUUCAAACCUCCAAGUAAACUGUACAUACACCAGUCAAUUAUAGAUAAACAGUCACAGUAGACUUUUCCCUCAGUAAUUUCCUGUGGGAGCAGCCAGUGUACUUAAAAAGCUUUAACAUCUUAUGCAGAGGUGACAGGAAACAGAAGCUUUGGGAUCGGCCCCUGAAGCUGGUAAUGUUGAGGCCAACCAGCUUGUGCUCCUCCUUCUUUACAUCUGUCAGACUCUCUACUUAAUCAUGUGCAUAUGAGACAGUGUUUAAUUCAUACCAGGUUUUUAAAGAGAUUUUAAAAUAUGUGUAUAUAUUGUAACUUUGAUGUAUAGUCUUCUUGUUAUAAUGUAAUUUUUUUCAUUAAAAAUUCUGCAUUUUUUAA